CAGGGCUUCAAAAACUUUUUGAAUUCCAUAAAGCCCGUGAUAUGAUCCGGGAAUUGGAUGCUCUGUACAAGGAAACCGCAAAGUCUGAACGAUAUGAUAUCAUGAAGGCUUUGAUGGAUUGCAAGAUGGCUGAGGGUAGUUCAGUUGGCGAACACGUGGUCAAAAUGAUUGGCUAUUCUGAAAGGCUUAAAGCCCUAGAAUUUCCACUUCCACCUGGCCAUAUGAUGGACAUGUUGCUUUCUUCACUCCCCCCGUCUUACGACGGUUUUGUCAUGAACUACAACAUGACAGGGAUGGAGAAGACGCCGGAAGAAGUGCUCGCCAUGCUGAAAACUACAGAAGGAGGACUGCGGAAACAUCGCAAGCAAGUGUUGCUUGUGAAUAAAACCGCCAGUUUCAAAAAGAAGAAAGGCAAGCCAAAGAAGGGCAAGGGCACCGGUAAGACCGGCUCCCAAAGCAACUCUAAGGGCGGAGCCAAGAAUGAAACUGAGUGCUUCUACUGCAAGGGCACAGGACACUGGAAGAGAAACUGCAAGAAGUAUCUGGAAGAUAAGAAGACCGGGAAAACCGGAAAAGGGACUUCAGAAGGUGCGCAAGCUAGCAAAGAAUGAAGUCGUGAUGCGCGUCGGGAACGGCGCUGGGAUCGCCGCUCAAGCCGUCGGCAUUAUGCCUCUACGUCUCCCUUCAGGAUUUAUCUUAGAACUAAGUAACUGUUAUUUUGUUCCACUGUUGUGUAGAAACAUUAUCUCCGGAUCAUGUUUGGUACACGAUGGGUAUUCGUACAAGUCUGAGAACAAUGGUUGUUCACUUUAUUGUAAGGAUAUGUUUUAUGGAUUUGCACCCAUUGUUGGGGGCCUUUUCAUACUAAAUCUUGAAUGUGGAAAUGAUGUCUUUAACGUGAAUGCUAAACGCCUUAAGAAGGCUGAUACCACCACCACUUUCAUGUGGCACUGUCGCCUUGGCCACAUCGGUAAGAAACGCAUGCAAAGACUCCAUAAAGAUGGAGUUUUACCGUCCCUUGAUUUUGAAUCAUUUGACACAUGUGAAGCUUGCCUGAUGGGGAAAAUGACCAAGACGCCGUUCACGGGUCAUCCUGAACGGGCGGGUGAAUUAUUGGAAAUAAUACAUAGUGAUGUAUGUGGUCCAAUGAACACAGGCGCACGGGGUGGAUAUUUUUACUUCGUGACUUUUACUGAUGAUUUGAGUAGGUAUGGCUAUAUCUACUUAAUGAAGCAUAAAUCGGAAACCUUUGAAAAGUUCAAAGAAUUUCAGAAUGAGGUAGAAAAUCAUCGUAACAAAAAGAUUAAGUUUCUGCGGUCUGAUCGCGGAGGCGAAUAUCUUAGUCAUGAGUUUGGCCAACAUCUGAGUGAUCGUGGAAUCGUUUCACAGCUUACGCCUCCCGGAACUCCACAGAGAAAUGGAGUAUCGGAACGACGUAACCGAACCUUGUUGGAGAUGGUAAGGUCAAUGAUGUCUCUUACAAAUCUUCCAAUAUCUUUUUGGGGUCACGCACUACUUACUGCUGCUCACACACUAAACAAAGCACCGUCUAAAUCUGUUGAGACGACGCCACAUGAGAUGUGGCACGGGAAGAAACCCGUCCUGUCGUUUUUCAAAAUUUGGGGUUGUGAAGCUUAUGUAAAGCGUUUACAGCCAAGCAAACUUGAUCCCAGAUCAGACAAAUGUUACUUUGUAGGUUAUCCCAAGGAGACAGUUGGGUAUUCUU